AUGAGUAGCAGAGACGAAAGCGACCCGUCUGCCUCCCAUGCUCCGCUCCUCGCCCCGGAGUCUUCGGGCAGAGAGCAUCACGACGCAGACCAGUCACCGCAGCUGACAGUAGGACAGUCAAGCGGCCGAUUCAUUUGGUAUCUAACGUUUUCCGCCGGUAUUAGUGGGCUUCUUUUUGGUUAUGAUACCGGCGUUAUCUCGUCGACCCUUGUAUCUAUCGGCUCUAGCCUAUCAAAUCGCCCUCUCACAACCUUGGAUAAAAGCCUCAUCACCUCUUCCACAAGUCUCUUUGCUCUUAUUGCAAGCCCGCUGGCGGGAAUUUUGGCUGAUAAGCUGGGCCGGAGGAAGGUUAUACUUGUCGCUGACGUUCUGUUUACGGUUGGAUCAUUUGUCCAGGCCAUCACGAAUGAAGUGUGGGGAAUGAUUAUUGGACGCAGUAUAGUUGGUCUUGCAGUUGGCAGUGCUAGUCUGGUCACUCCUCUGUAUAUAUCGGAAUUAGCGCCAUCGAAUGCGCGAGGAAGACUUGUUACUAUACUGAGCCUGUUUAUCACCGGUGGUCAAGUGGUAGCAUAUAUUAUCGGCUGGUUAUUCUCCUAUGUCGGGGGAGGGUGGCGCUGGAUGGUGGGUCUUGGAAUUAUUCCGGCAGUGCUCCAGCUUAUGAUACUUGUCGCUUUACCUGAGACACCUCGAUGGCUGGUUCAGGCAGGCUUUGAAAACAAGGCUUUGAAUAUUCUGUCAAAAGUUUAUCAACACAACCCUGACAGCGAUCAUAUUGCGAAACAAAUCCUGCGAGAUAUUCAGCAAGAGGUCGCUGAGGAAGAGGAAGAAUUGAGCCAAAAUAAGACAUCCGAAAGUGGCAUACAAUGGGUUGAUGCCAUUAAACAGCGAGCGCAUGACCUACUCAAUAUUCCAGGUAAUCGAAGGGCGUUGACAAUAGCCGUGAUGCUACAAGCAUUGCAACAGCUUUGUGGUUUCAAUUCGCUCAUGUAUUUCUCGGCUACCAUCUUCUCACUUCUCUCCUUCUCCUCGCCAACACUUACCUCAUUGUCCGUGGCCAUGACGAACUUCCUAUUUACGUUGCUUGCAUUUGUUUACAUUGACCAAAUUGGGCGUCGCCGGAUCCUCCUCUAUUCGAUACCCGUCAUGGUUGCUUCGCUUUUCGUUUGUGCCCUGACGUUCUCCUCUGUGACGUUACCGGACAUGUCACCAGAAUCGCAAGCAUCCGAAGCCACCAUGGAUAGUUCUAUCCUCCCACUCGUCAUCCUCCUAUGUCUCACAAUCUACACAGCAGCCUAUGCCUUUGGACUGGGCAACGUGCCUUGGCAGCAAUCAGAGCUCUUCCCUCUAAACGUGCGCUCUCUCGGGUCGGCUCUUGCCACUGCAACGAACUGGGGCUCUAAUUUCAUAGUCGGGCUUACUUUCCUACCUAUGUUGGAGUUGUUGUCUCCUAGUCUGGUCUUCGCGCUCUACGGGCUCGUUGGCAUAGUCGGCUGGUUCGGCGUACGAGCUAUCUAUCCUGAAAUGAGUGGGCUCAAUUUAGAGGACGUGAAGACCCUUCUUGCAGGUGGCUGGGGAGUGAGAGAGAGCCUAGCAAGGGCUCGUAAUCGGCCGUCUUGA